AUGGCCUCAGAAGCGAAGCUAGUGACGAUCGAUCCCAACGGCGACACCCUGAUCAUCUUGGAAAAUCCGAAGACCUGGCUACUGGAUCCGACACUAGGACAACAACUGGAAGUGAAAGACGAUGCCGAUUCUGAUGUCGAUUCCAACAGCGACUCGUCUAUCGCGCACUCCGCAACUGAAGAUGCAUCUCACGAUAGCGCCGCGAACGAAAGCUCAUCCCAGCCAGCAGUCAAAUUCCUCGUAUCAUCACGCCAGUUGCGCAUCGUGUCGUCCUACUUUGACAGCAUAUUCAAAGGUGGCUACAACGAGACGUUACCGAACCCCGACGACGGCCUGUAUUACAUCAAAGCAGAAGACUGGGAUGCGGAGGCUAUGGAGGUCAUCAUGGACAUUGUCCACGUUCAGGUCAAGCGGAUACCCGAAUACGUCUCGUUGGAGCUCUUUGUCAAGAUUCUUGUUCUUGUCGAUUACUACCACAUGCAAGACGCGAUUGCUUCUCAUGCAAAGCUGUGGAUGGAGCAGAUUGUAAGACAGACCUACUUGAUGGCAGAGAAGGCUGUCACCCAGCGUGUGAAGCUAUGCUACUGGGAUCGCUUCUAA